AUGGCCAAAAAAAGGCCAAAUAAAAAAAAUGUUAAAUCAAAGAAUGUAAAAAAGAAGCGAAUUAAUGGCUCUGAUGCUAAUUUAAAAAGGAAUCCUAAAGAUGAUAAACCUGGAAAACAAACCAGAAAGAAUCAGCCAUCUAAAAAAAUAAUUAAAACAGAGAACAAGAGUAUAAAAGAUAUCAGUGAAAAUGAUAUUAAAAAAUUCACAACUCUGGAGCAAUAUAAACAAUACAUAUCGCAAAUAUGCACGCAGGCGAUAACGUACCCAGAAACACACCUAAAACAAGUAAAUUUAUUAUAUAAUGUCAUAGAGAAGAAGGGAACAGGCACGGAAAGCUUAUUGAAUCACGUAAAAAAGUUAGCAAUACUAUCGCUAGUCUCAGUAGUUAGCCAUUUGCUGCCAAGAGUAAGCCAUGAGUUAAACCAAGUGGACCAGGAGGUGGUGAGGAGGACGGAAACGGCACACAGCGCAAACAUAAUAGACCAGGAGAGACAAAUAACAACGAGAACGAUUGAAACAAGAGACAGGCUGACGAAGUACAUAAAGGCGAACCUGUCUGAAAACCCAGAUCUCUUUGUGCCGCUGAUAUCAAGGCUGGUGAAAGCAGACAACAGAGUGUCGGACGAUCUGCUCACACUGUGUUUAAAGUACUCAAAAGUGUCGGAAUCGUGCCUAAAAGCAAUAAGUGAACUAUUUCAGUACGGAUCAAUGCUUGAUAUACACAGAUACCUGAAAUUUAUAUUCAAAUCACAACACAUUAACCACAAAGUGAUUAGAAUAAUCAACGAUAUUCAAAUAAAUAAGAAACAACACGAAUACGUGAUCUCGGAGGAAACGAGUAAACCUGAGGAGAAUAAACAAAAGUCUAAAAAGAAGCACGACAAAUACAAGAACGAAAUACUGAUUUGGAUAAUAACGUUUUACACAAAAACACUGAGAGAAGGGAAGGAUUUUAACAUGGUAGAGUCAUGUAUUGAAGGACUCGGCAAAUACGGGUUAAUAUUGGAGGAGAGUAUACAACUGGAGUUGUUGGCGGAAUUGAGAAAAGCACUUAACACGUACAUUGAAAGGGACUCGAGGAAUCAUAGACUGGUGAUAUCAGGAGUGAACACAGUUAUAAAGCUGGUGAAAGUGGUUAAAAACUUCGAGUAUAACUGGAUGUAUGAAAUAUUCACCAGCCUAUGUAGGAACAUAGCCCCAGUCUUGAUUCAAGGAGAGCUAACGCUAAACGAUGGCUCAAAGCUGAAUCUGGAGGAAAUAGUGACCAAGAACGAGGAAAACAGAUCAGUGUUUUUCACACACCCGUGUUACACGCAAACAUUCCUGAAGUCGUUGGACAAUCUGUCUAAUUUAUUGGUUAAAUCCACAAUCAUAGCUGACUUUCAAGUGUUGACGGAUCUAGUGCAAGUGCUAAUUUCACUGUGCCUGCAAGUGGACUCAAAUGUGGCACUGUCGCUCAUGUGCUAUGUUAACGAAAUCAUCAACAAGGUCCCCAAGUUACGGCCACUAAUAUCGAAGGAAGGCAUCGUUUUCUCAAUUUUAACGAAGGGGAAGACGUCGUACUGGGAGCUGAGCAUGAUGAAAUCGCACUACCUACCGCAUUUGAAGUCCAUGUUCAGUGCUUCCAAGGAUUCCAACACAAUAAGCCUGAAAAACAAGCCACCUUCAACACACAUGGAUCCAAAGGAGGUUGAAACCGGCAAGUAUUUCAACUGCGCAGGCCUGGAUAUGUAUCAAAUACUAUUUCCACAAAACUUCACAGAAUAUGUAAAGAAUAUUCGCUAA